ACCAGGUCUUUAUUCGGACUUUUGUUGGACCGGCAUUUUUGCUCUCUCCUGUCCCGGAAGUCCAAGGUGAUGGUUCCGACCUCAGGUGACGCUCGGUGCAGCUAAAGUCCACGUCCGGGUUCGUCUUUCCUGCCGUCUUCGCCCCCAGCAUGGUUCUGGUUCUGGUCCUGCUCUCCGUUUGGACCUGCUGCCUGCGCAUGGGAUGCUGCGCCGUGGAUUGUACGCACGCCGCGCGGAGGAGGCAGCCGCAGCAGGGGGACCGGGACCGGCUGGCCCAGGACGCGGUGACGGAACACAUGCACAAGUUGUACGACCGGGACCGGCUGGCCCAGGACGCGGUGACGGAACACAUGCACAAGUUGUACGACAAGUACAACAAGCACGGAGCCGUCGGCCAGGACGGAAACACCGUGCGCAGCUUCAAGGCGCACUGGGGCGUCAUCAACAAGAAGCCGCUACAGAUCUUCAACCUGACCUCGCUCACCAAGUCCGAGGACGUGCUGUCAGCUACGUUGCACUACUACAUCGGGGACCUCCAGAACGGGUCCAGGGCCCGCCCUCGUGGUCACAGUCAGGUUCACGCGCUCAUCUGGAGCUUCGCCCCCGAAGGAGCCGGGAUGAGGACUUUGGGCGAGUUCCGCAUCAACGCGUCCACGCAGAACCAGGACUUCAUCUCCUGGCAGUGGAAGGACGUGACCCUGGUGGUCCACCAGGCCAAGCAGCACCAGCAGAUCCUCAUCGGCAUCCAGGUGUCCCCCAGGGGGUCCGGGCCCUGGAAGGAGCUGCUGGCCGAGCGCUCGCCGUACAUUCUGGUCUACGCCAACGACUCGGCCAUCUCUGAGCCCGAGAGCGUGGUGGCCGCUCUCAGGAGGAAACCCGCCCCCGGAGACCCGGACUUGCUUUUGGACCGAGCGGGUCCCGGGGAGCCAAACGCCAGCGAUCCUGGAGGACGGCCCAGACGCUCGCUGGAGGUCUCGCUGCCUCUGCAGAACAACGAGCUGCCGGGACCCGAGUACUCGGACAAAUGGGAGCGCACCUACCGGCCUCUGGAGGGCAAGAGGGCCCGGCGGCCCGGGAAGAACCAGAAGAACCAGAAGAAAAGUCUGCUGCACUUUGACGAGCGGACCAUCAAGAAGGCUCGCAAGAAGCAGUGGAAGGAAGCCAGGAAGUGUUCCCGCAGGUACCUGAAGGUGGACUUUGCUGACAUCGGCUGGAGCGACUGGAUUAUUUCUCCAAAGUCCUUUGAGGCCUUCUACUGCUCCGGAUCCUGCCACUUCCCCAUGCCCAAGGUAGGAACCCACACCAAACACAACACACACACAAGACACAACCCACACAGGACAUAACCCACACAAGACACAACCCACA